UGAGCCUCUAAACUCUAAAGCCCUAAAGUGUGGUGAUAUUCGGUGCGUGAUUGCGACUAUCAAUUUCUUGCGACGGCCAUUUUAUACGACGCUCGGUGUACACUCGAUGUACAUACUUUUAACAACUAGUUUGUAAGAUUGUGUUUAGAGUAUUUACGAAAACCGGCUUUCGACAAUGAUAAAAGCGGAAGACAGUCAACCACAGAAUAAUGAUGACAGAGACAGAAGCAGAGAGCGUGACCGUAAUCGAAGGUCAGACAGACCAAAUCGUAUAAACUCAGCCAGCCGUGAUCGCAGCAGAGAGAGAAAUGAUCGCAGUGGCAGGAAAGCUUCUGACAGACGGAUUUAUGUGUCAAACAUUCCUUAUGAUUUUCGCUGGCAAGAUCUGAAAGAUUUGUUUAGAAACGAGGUUGGCAAGGUAGCGCAUGUAGAACUUUUUACAGAUGAAAACGAUAAGCCUAGAGGGUGUGGGAUAGUAGAAUUUGAAGAUUCAGAUUCGGUGAAAAUAGCAGUAGAUAAAAUGCAUCGAUAUGACAUUAAAGGGAGAAAGCUUGUUGUCAAAGAAGAUUUUGAUGUAGAACGCGAUAAAUAUGGUCGUUUAGCCACUGGUCGUAACAAUGAUAGAAAUCGAGAUGACAGAUUCCGAGAUCCUCCUAGGCCACAAGGAGGUGGAAGGCAAAAUAUGUCUGCACCUAGUGGCGGUGGCGGUGGCGGUAGUAGCGGCGGGGGUGGUGGUGGCGGCGGUGGCGGAGGCGGCGGCGGUGACAAUAAAUUCGGAAACACCUAUGGUCUUAGUACACAAUUCUUAGAGUCACUAGGUAUCAAUGGUCCUUUGGUUACGAGGGUUUUUGUCGCUAAUUUGGAUUAUAAAGUCGAUGAGAAGAAGCUGCUUGAAGUUUUUAAAUUGGCGGGAAAAGUAUUGCAUGUUGAAUUGGGGAAAGACAAAGACGGUAAAUCAAGAGGUUUUGGAGUUGUCGAAUACGAUCAUCCAGUGGAAUCGGUUCAAGCCAUCUCGAUGCUUCACAAUCAACAGUUGUAUGACAGACGUAUGACCGUUAGACUCGACAGAGCUAAUGAACCUGACAUGCCACCCAAAUUGCCGGAAGGUUUGAAGGGAAUUGGCAUGGGACUUGGAGCUGGGGGUAAUAGAUUGUUGGAUGUAGCUAGAAACAUUCCCAAUGUUCAAGCAAACAAUCCACCAGUGGUAAAUCCGAUUUCGGCUCCUGUAUUAGCAGCAGGAGCUUUUGGCGCUGGUUUAAACAACGUCGUACCUGCGCAAUUAGCAUCAGCAUUGUCAAAUACGAAUGCUGCAGCUCUUCAAGCUAGUCUUGCCGGCGCCGGUCUGGGUGCCAAUCUUACUACUAGUUCGUUGUUGAAUUCGUCACUGACGAAUGAAUUGGCAUCAAAUCUAAACAAUUUCGGCGGUGGCGUAGGUAGUUUGAGCGGUCUGCAGGCAUCUUUGGCUGGUGGACAAGGAAACAAUUCGUUUACUCCUCGUGGUUUAUCAAAGUUGGACAAUGACAUAGGAUUCGGCGGUAACAACGCCUUCGGCGGUUCCAAUUUUGGUGGCAGUAGCAGGGAUUUCGAUGGUGGAUUUAGUAGAGGAGAUGGCGAUCGUGUUUCCGGCGGUGGUGGCGGUGGUUUUUCCGGGAAUCAAGGCCAAAGUGGUGCCGGCAACCGACAAAACUCCAAUGGUUCACGACCAAUGUCAGACACCAUCCUUAUAGGCAAUUUACCUCCAAACACCACAUGGCAAAUGCUACGUGAUAAAUUUCAAGAUGUCGGAGAAGUAAAAUUUGCAGAAAUGAGAGGUGCUGACAUGGGCAUGGUACGAUUCGCAUCUGAAUGGGAUGCUGAGCGUGCUGUGACUAUGAUGAAUCGAUCACGUAUCGAUGGCAGGACGAUUGAUGUGCGUAUAUACUAAAAGAUCAAGAGGUAGUCUCGACGGAUUCAAGGUCACGAUCGAGAGAUAUCUGUCCCAACGUGACAAGUCAGGUAAGUUUUAACAGCCGACAAACAGUCACCUCACGCAAAUAUGUUAUUCUUCCAGGAAAGCUAUCGCGAGCGACGUCGAAUCUUGCGGGACGGUAAGUUGUAUAGAAUAAAAAAAGCGAAUCACCGAAAUCGUAUUUUUACACUUAUAUUUUUUUUACUUCGUCCAUUUUUACAUUAUAAAAUAGCUUUCGAUAUAUGUGUUAAGUGUAAAGAUACCAUCUUUGUAGGGAAUCGUAAUGCGGCGUCCUAAUGUAGCAUGACAAUGGUAAAGUCAAUAAAUCGGACGCGGUGUAAAUGUGUCAGUAAUAAGAUAAACGAUUUGAAUGCAACAUGUAAAACCUAUAUAAAAUCGCGUAAUAUAUAUGAACCAUUUCGUAUAAAUUUGUCUUUAUAGUAUAAACAACCGCGUUCGCGUUUAAUAAAAGAGUAUUUAAGUAACAUCGUUUAAUACCUCGAAAGCAAAAGGCACCUUGAACAUCACACGCUCGUUUAUAUGUAUUAUAUAUAAUUAUGUAGCGACGUGUCUCUCUCUAUAUAGUCUAUAUAUGUGUAUGGAUUAUCACAUUUUUGAAAUAAAAGCGAAUAAAAACUCGUUGCUUAUGCGAA